AUGUGUGACAAGGAAGAGUUCAACAAUAAUCAUGCCGGAAAAGGACUCCUCGUCAUUCAUGUCGCCCUCUUCCGCAUGGCAACGCGGUCGCUCGCAGAAGCAUAUAGAACCCUGGGCUACAAGACUCACCACGGGGUAGAGGAUAUUUUAGGAAAUCCGUGGGACAAAAUCGAACAGGCUGCAGAAGCGACAUGGCCAACUGUGCCUAAUGCGCGUCCUAGGUCACGAUUCACGCGAAGUGAUUGGGAUAAUCUCUGGGGGAACGAGUACGACAUAGUUACCGAUUUAGCCUGCCCGUUCGCCGAUCAGCUGAUCCAGGCUUACCCUGACGCGAAAGUUGUCAUUGUUCAGCGAGAUUUUGAUAGGCAGCAGAUUUUCGUCUUCCUUAUCGGGAGUGUGAUCGGAUCGCGAGCCGCCGAGGCCAUGCUCAAGGUGAAUUACGGAUUUUUCAAGGCUACAAGUGUAUCUGAAAUCCGAGAGCAUGCCCGCGAAGUCUAUGACGAAUAUUAUGGACAGAUUAGGGCAGUAAUACCAGAAGCGAAGCGAUUGGAGUACACCAUGGGGGAUGGAUGGGAACCUUUGUGCGCGUUCUUGGGCAAAGACGUCCCAGACAUUCCGUUCCCACGCUUAAAUGAUAGCAAAUCGCGCAGCGAGAGCCAAAGGCAGGGUGAGAUUAUGGUACUGUUAAACUCUGUUAAAAAAGUUACGUUGUUGGGUCUUGGCGUUGCCACAAUUGCAGGAUCACUACGGUAUUUUGCACAGGCAUAG